AAGUGGAAAUUUGCGCAUACAAGUUUGCACACAAGUUGCGAAGCGAGAAAAGGUAUAGAACGGCAAAAAUAGUUGUAUUAAAUUAUCAACAUUAAAAUUGUGAAAAUCAUUACCAAAACAAAAAUUAAAAGCGAAAAACACAAGAAAAGGGAUAAAAAGUUAAACUUGGAGCUAAAGUUAUAAAAAGUACGCUUGAAUAUAAACCUCUUUCGAGAGAUUGUGUGUGUGGUCCAAAUUCGAUAAAAGGAACCAUUGGCUGAUGGGUGACUAGUGCAGGAAGCGGGCGCACCACCCACCAAAAUAUUGUAAUUUACCUACAUACUUCGUGUGUUUGCCAUCAUAGCAGCAACAGCGAUUGCGAUUCGUCAUCAUCGAUCAGUUCGAAAAAAGACGAGUGAAUCGCAUAGCUUUUAAUUGCUUUCAAUAUUUUACUUUCAGCUCAAACAUUCACCAGACUCACUUGAAUAAUUUGAACUCACCGCUUGGGUCAAUCAAUCGAGCACCGGGAUAGUAUUAGAAAAUGUAAAGUAAAUUAGCAAUCUUCGAAAUGAUGGGAUCCCAGUCAAGAGUUCCAACGUAGUUUCCAUUUUCAUUGUUAUUCAAACUGAAUACAUUGGGUACAUAUUGUCCCAAACCUUAACGCCGCCGUCCCUUAUAAUACGCACUUACAUAUCUACCUGGAGUAGCAUACUUGCAAAUGUACAUACAUACCUAAUGUAUGACCUUUCGUACAGCGCUUACAUUUACAACAGUUACUGCAAGUCUAGAAACGAGUACAAAGGGAUAAUAUUGAAAUUCUGGUAAAACGAGGUUGAGUAUUUGUACCCGUCUACAUAUAUCUACUAUCGAGUCAUGGAUGACAACCUUAGCAGGAAAUCUUCUGAAUCCUCAUUAACCACAAGUGGAGAGUAUGAAAUUGUUUCUGACAGCAAUAUUACAACACCCAUUGAACAGCAAAUAUCGGACACAGGAUCCGUUUUAGUUACGCCGAUGAGUAGCAAAUCACCAACGCUAAACAUCGCUAACAACCGCAAUAUUACUGAUUUGCAACACGCUAUGACUGACGCUUUGAGAGAACUAGAUGUUAACUGUGAUGCGUCUUCAACUGCCAAAGCGGUGACGCUGAGUAAACAAAAAUCUUUGACAUUACCACUGGCUGGCACAUCGAGUCCGGCAUUGUUGGUUCCAGACAACGACUGUGAACAACAGCAACUAGUUCUCCCCAAGAUGGCAAUGAAGUCGCAAUCGUUAAAUCGCCAUCACCCAGAUUAUGCUAUAACACCUAAAAGUGAUGACGCGUCAAUUUCAGAACAUAACCGAGUUGGUCAGUCGGUCUUUUAUGAUUGCAUCGAUGCAAGUCCAGGUGGUGUUGGCGGUUGCGUCGAGGAAAAACAAGAUGUCAUGAAGCCCGAAAAGAAUGAUACCGACGAGGAAGUUUCAGAUAUCGAUCAAGGUUGCACCAUAUUUUCUGGAGUCACAUAUCUAGGAGCAGCAAAUAUAAAUGCACCCAAAUCAGAAGUCGACAUUUACCGCAUAAUGAACGAAUUGAACAGUAACUCCGAUUCAGUGGGGCUUAAAAUUUCCGUGAGCAUACCUAAUUGUUCCGAUGGGCUUGUUGUCUUGCAUGAUGCUGAGACCAGUUCCAUUAUUGCCACAUAUGAAAUACAAAGCAUUAUUUUGUACUUUCGUGGCCCCGUUGAGACCGCAGAAAAUGGUUGUUUUGCCUUUACUUGGCUGCAUGGCGAAUCGUUGUUUCAAUGCCAUGUUUUCCGUUGCCAUAUACCGGAAGCGGUGAACCAAGUUAGUGCUUGUUUUCAAAAGGCGUUUCGCACAUAUCCACCAAGCAUGACUUGCAGCUUGACCUCAGCUAUUGAUAGCAAUAUGUUGAAUUCGAUAACAUCAGAUGUGAGCGGAAAUCCACUUAACACCGCUGGCUAUGAAUUUAUUGUGUCAUUGGAAAUUCGCGAAAAGGUCGCUAAAAAUUCCUUUUCGGCGGUUCCUCGCGAUCGCAAUUGCUUUAAAUUGCGUGCAAACACUGAUAAGGAAGUGAUUAUUACGGUUAAACAAACAGCUUCCAAUGUACUACAACCGUUGUUUAUAGAACGUUGUUUUGGUGUGCUAUUGAGUCCUGGCAAGCUAGUACGCCAGGGUGAUAUGCAACUGAUUGAUAUGGUUAGCAUGAGUUACCAAUUGCCCAGCACCACUGCCGGUGGUGCAAAUGGUAACGGUGGUACUAUGGUUAAUGUUUCAGGCGAUACUAAUACCACCGCUGCAGCAGCUUUGCCACUUUGUCUCAAUCCUUAUAUAAUACGUGCUGAAUGGAAGGCUAACGAAGCUGCCUUUGAACAAUUGAAUGUUGAGACCUCUAAAACGUUUCUUACUGUAGCAGUGGAUAUAGUGGUGCGUGGCAUUCGCGACCCAGUACGUUUUGUUAUUGAGACACCUGUGGUAAUACAGUCAGCAAGUGAAAUACGUAUAAUGGACCAUUUCAUAUCGAAGCGGCCAAUGACUUUGCGUUUCUAUCUACAAUUGGAGCGCACAACCGAUGAAUUUAACUGGAAAGUGAGCUCAAUCGAUCCAUCUGAGGAAAUUAAUGAACCUCAACAACAGUCAUCACUUUUAAAAUUUGGAAUGAAUAAUUUAUCGCGGAUUGUACGCUCUUCAUCGAUUGUUUCCAUUGAGGAUGAUUGCCCUACCGACUACAGUUCAGAUGGAGAUGAACCGUUGUUGAGUGGUACAGGUGAAGUCUCAAAAGAUUGCUCACAGGAUAAAUUAGAUGAAUGGGAUCCGAUACUAAAAGAAUGGGAUGGUGAAAAGCGACCAAAAAAUUUGCCUCCACUAGUGCGUUUGGGCAUACCGGAAGCAUUGCGUGAGAAGAUAUGGCAGAAGUUGGCUAAUGUAGAGGGCAAAACCGAAAUGCUCGACAUGUAUAAGAUUUUAAUUACCAAAGAAACCAAGUGCGAAACUGUAAUACAACGGGACAUACACAGAACAUUUCCAGCUCAUAAAUGCUUCAAGGAAACCGGUGGCUCAGGUCAAGACGCACUUUUCAAAGUAUCUAAGGCAUACGCCGUCUACGACAGUGAAGUUGGAUAUUGUCAAGGUUUGAGUUUCAUUGCCGCAAGUUUGUUGUUACACAUGCCCGAAGAGGAUGCCUUUUGUGUUUUGGUUGCACUAAUGUAUGAUUAUGGACUACGUGAUUUGUAUAAGCAAGGCUUUGAGGUACUCUAUUUGCGCCUCUACCAACUUGAUCGCUUGAUCAAGGAUCAAUUACCCAAAUUGCAUGAGCAUUUUGCGGCAUGUGGCAUUGAGACACACAUGUACGCCUCACAAUGGUUUCUCACACUCUUCACGGCACGUUUCCCACUUAGCUUUGUGUUUCAUGUGCUUGAUGUUUUUCUACUUGACGGUGUACCCUUGCUUUUCCAAGUAGCUGUGACUUUACUUUCCAUUUGUGAAACUGACUUGCGACAACUUGACUUUGAGGGUAUACUCAAGUAUUUCCGCGUAACUUUGCCGAAAAAAUGUCGAAGUCCCAGUCAGGCACGACGCGUUAUGAAAAUGGCUUGCGAACGAAAAAUCAAGAAAUUGAAGCAAUACGAGGAGGAAUUCCAAUUAAGAAAACAGCACAAAGAACGUUUGGAGAAAGAGGCACAAGUUUAUGAGAAUCGUUUUGGAGAAGAACGACGAAAGUUACAAGCGGAGAUCGAUGAAAUGCAAAAAAAGUUGAUCGAGGCUAAUGAGCGGGCAGUAGAUAAAGAGAAGAAACAUACAGGCAUUAUACAAGAUUAUAAGCAAAUUAUACAAAGAUUAGAAAAUGAUACGACCAACUUGAAUGAGACGCUUGGAAAUGUAAUGAAUAUCGUUUCCAAAUGCAAAAAUUGCAUACAUCAAAUGGAGAAUACUGAUCAGAGUGUGAAAUUACCGGCUUUAGUGAACAGAAGCAGCAGCAACAUUAAAUCAACGCAGCAGAGUUGCAAUAAGCAGUCAGCAGAUGCACCACUAGGCCCAUUAGAUCCUAUAAAUAUAGCUACACAACGUAUUCGUGAGUUAGAAUUAGAAUUGGCACAAGCAAAAUUGGCGCAUGUUGAAGCUGAAUGUCGCAAUCAAGAUUUGAAUCAUCAAUUGAGUGCCACCAUCACUGAAAUGCAUUCCAAUCGCAACAGUUGGCAACCAUGGCUAUCGAAAACACUCAAUUCCUUGCAAGAGAAAGUCUCCACACGCGGUAGUCGUGAUGCCGUGUUGCCAACAUUCCAAUCAUAUACACAGAAUGCAUCGGCUAGUGCAUCAGCGGCUGGAAGUGAAACGAAUUCACCAAGCAGUAAUCAGGAGUUUAAAGCCUUCUCAGUUGGCGGCUCCCCGAAAUUGCCAGCCAAAUUUCAGGCCGCCAAACUUCGAAAUAGCAUCGACAGUUUGCGUAACAUUGUCGUACCGUUGGAGAACAGCGCCGCUCGUGUAAUUGCUGUUGGGUCGGGUGUGAGCGCGGGUGUUGACGUGCGCGGAGCUGAUCUUUUUCGACAACACCUACAAUCGCAAUCAUCAACUUAAAUGUCGACACAAAUGCGAAGAACAAAAAAAAAAAAAA